AAUUGAAACGGACGAUAGAUUUGGUGAGAAAAACAGAGAAUCGGACAUAUCUUGAAACACAUGGCAGCGAUUACUCCAUGGUUUUCUUCUCCGCUGAGCUGUUCGAAUCCUCGCGUUACUAAGACCAUCAUUACAGAUUCUAGAAGAUGUUCAUCAAUUUCUGCGGCAAUCUCUGUUCUAGAUAGCUCCAACGAGGAACAACAUCGGAUUUUGUCUAGAGAUCAUGUUGGGACGAAGAGAAGAGAAGUCAUGUUACAGAUAGCUUCCUCUGCUUUCUUCCUUCCUUUGGCCAUUUCUUCAGCAGCAUUCGCAGAGACAAAUGCAUCAGAAACUUUCCGUGUGUACACAGAUGAGGUGAACAAAUACGAGAUAUCAAUCCCACAAGAUUGGCAAGUCGGGCAAGCAGAACCUAAUGGAUUCAAGUCAAUCACAGCUUUUUUCCCUCAAGAAACUUCAACUUCCAAUGUGAGCGUAGCGAUCACUGGACUAGGUCCGGACUUCACCAGGAUGGAAUCUUUUGGAAAGGUCGAAGCUUUCGCCGAAACACUGGUCAGUGGAUUGGAUAGAAGCUGGCAAAAGCCAGCAGGAGUGACUGCAAAACUAAUCGAUAGCAGAGCUUCUAAGGGAUUCUAUUACAUCGAGUACACAUUACAAAACCCUGGAGAAGCUCGUAAGCAUCUGUACGCUGCAAUUGGAAUGGCAACAAACGGUUGGUACAAUCGUUUAUACACUGUAACAGGACAAUUUACAGAUGAAGAAUCUGCUGAACAAAGCUCCAAGAUUCAGAAGACAGUCAAGUCUUUCAGAUUCAUAUGAGGAUGUCAUUCACAUCUAUCAGCGGAACAAAGUUAUAGAAUUGAUCAAACAAUUUGUUUACUGAACAAUCACUUUUGUCUUUUGCAAUGAAAUUUCUGAGAAAGGAGCUGACUCCAUACUUUGAAGUAAGCUUGGGAUAACAA